GAGCUCCGCACAGCGAGAGGCUUCCAGACCACCACACGCACCAUGUCUCUGUACCGCAACUCCGCCUGGUUCCUGAAGGGAAUGACCCAGUUCACCAGGAGCUCCUUCCUGUCGGCCUCCAAGAGCUUCGUGGAGAAGGACCUGGAGGUGUCGGUGGCCGGCCGCGUCUUCAUGAUCACGGGAGCCAACAGCGGCAUCGGGAAAGCCACCGCCAUGGCCAUCGCCAAGAAAGGUGGAACGGUCCACAUGGUGUGCAGGAACAAGGACAAGGCCGAGGAGGCGAGGGCCGACAUCGUCAAGGAGACGGGAAACAAAGAGGUGUACGUCCACAUCCUGGACCUGUCUGAGACCAGGAAGGUCGGGGAGUUCGCCGAGGGCUUCAAGAGGAAGUUCAAGGCCCUCAACGUCCUGAUCAAUAACGCCGGCUCCAUCAUGAGCCAGAGGGACGUGAACGCCGAGGAGCUCGAGAAGAGCUUCGCCGCCAACGUCCUGGGUGUUUACAUUCUCACCAAGAGCCUCAUCCCACUGCUGGAGAAGAGCGCCGAUCCCAGAGUGAUCACCGUGUCUUCGGGGGGAAUGCUGGUGCAGAAGCUCCGGACGGGGAACCUGCAGUCGGAGAGGGGGCGCUAUGACGGCACCAUGGUCUACGCCCAGCACAAAAGGCAGCAGGUCGUAAUGACGGAGCAGCUGGCAAAGACUCACACGAACAUCCACUUCUCCGUCAUGCAUCCAGGCUGGGUCGACACUCCAGCGGUGGCCAGCACCAUGCCAGACUUCCACCGCUCCAUGAAGGACAGUCUGCGGACCCCGGACCAGGGGGCCGACACCGUGGUGUGGCUGUCCGUCUCCGAGGUCGCCACCGGCAACGCCAGCGGACUUUUCUACCAAGACCGAAAGCCGGCGUCCGCCCACCUGCCGCUGGCCUGGACCCGCAGCUCGGCGCUGGAGGAGCAGAAGCUGAUGUUGCUGCUGGAGGACCUGGCCAAGACCUUCCAGCCAAACUGAGGCGGACAGGAAGUGACCGACAGGAAGUGACCGUCAGGAAGUGGCCGACAGGAAGUGGCCAACACUAACGCCCCGAGGCCCGGGGGGGCUCAGCAUCCCGGGGUUCUCGUACAAGAUAACGCUCUCUUAUUUAACUUCAUCAGGAUAUUAAGCGACGCCCCCUUUUAUUAAACGAGCUUUCAAAUGACGUCAUCCCGCUGUGAGAGAGAGAGAGAGAGAGAGCCUACCUAAUAAAAAGGGUUACUGUGACUUUAGGAAAGUUGUCCAUCAGAUGGGAAUCUGAUGUGACCAAAGUCACACACACACACGCUGCAUUAUAAUUUUUAUUGCAAAUAAUUCAUUUAUUAUUAUUAUUAACUCAUAUGUGCCUUCAACCUGUCGUGCAAAGCGAUUUUCAUUUAAUAAAAAAUUAAUAUAUAUAUUUAUAAAUACAUAUAAAUAUAAAUAUGUAUAAAGAAAUGUAUAUAUAUACAUAUUUAUAUAUAUAUAAAUGUAUAUAUAUAAAUAUAUAUGUAUUUAUAUCUAUAUAAUUGUAUAUAUAAAUAUAAAUGUAUACAUAUAUAUAUAUUUAUGAGUAACGUAUGUUUCUGAUGUCGUCUCUUGACGUAUAAAGCAAUAAUAACCGAUGUAUUGACAAAAAUAAUCAUUUUACUAACAGAGUUCAUCUUGUAAACUCUCGAAUAAAUAAAACCAUUGAACGCA